AUGAAUCUCAGAGGAGACAAGGUUCCCAAAGACCCAAAUGCCUUUCCCACAAGGCAACUAACCAUUCUCGCAAUAUGUCGAUUUUCUGAACCCAUCGCCUUCAAUUCCAUCUUGGCCUACACAUUUUUGAUGGUCAAAGAUCUAGGUAUUGACGAAAAAGAUGCUUCAUUUUACGCGGGACUCCUUGUUUCGGCCUAUGCGCUCGCCGAGGCGCUGACUUCUAUGGGAUGGGGAAUCUUGUCCGAUCGCAUUGGCCGCAAACCUGUCGUGUUGUUUGGACUCGUCGGUGUCGCCAUCUCCAGUCUUAUCUUUGGUCUCGCCAAGUCCUACUGGGUUGCCCUUUUGGCACGAUUUGUCGGUGGUGCUCUUAACGGCAAUGUCUCUGUCAUGCAGACCAUGGUUGCUGAGAUGGUGAAAUUGCCCGAACACGAGCCCAAGGCAUACGCCGUGCAGCCCUUCAUCUGGACCCUCGGUGGCAUCAUCGGCUCCGCCAUGGGAGGCUUCCUCGCCCAACCAGCCUACUGGUACCCUCGAUUCUUCUCCGAAGACGGACUUUUCGGACGGUACCCUUACCUGCUCCCCAACCUUGUUUCCGUGAUUGUUGUCGCCAUCGCCGUCAUCCAGGGCAUUUUCUUCCUCGAAGAGACCCUCGUCAGACCCGGCGACGAGAACGCCACUAUCAACUACCAGGAUAUCCCAGUUGUCGACGACCUGGAGUCCGUCGACGAGCGAACUCCUCUCCACGGACGUGCUCGAAACCAGUACCGAAGCUCCGCCUCCCGGAGCCGCAUGCGACAUAUGUCUCCCUCGACCAGCCGAUCGCGCCCACGCUUUGCCGAGUCCAGUUUGGGUAUGGCCGUUGAGCACGACUUCAUCGAUCUGCGCCGAUCUUCCUUUGGAACCGUCCACUCUGUCCUACUGCCCCAGGAUCUCCUAACACCGCCCAACGAGGAGCAAGAGAACGAGGGAUCCGAGUCCAGAGAGAAGACGUUCAACUACACCGUAAUGAUGCUCAUCGUCGCACUGCUCAUCUUCUCGUACCACCAAAUGGCUGCAAGCAGCCUUCUUGCCACGUAUCUGCUCGACGAACCCUCGGAGACACGCGGAACGCUCGACUUGGUUGGUGGUCUGGGUUACACUGUGCACGACGUCGGAUUGUACUUGGCCGUCAAUGGUGUUCUGGGCCUGCUCAUCCAGGGCGUUGUCUUCCCCGUGUACGUCAGUCGCGUGGGCGUGUGGCACUCGUUCCUCAGCAUGAUCGUCCUCUACCCUGUAUCCUACAUGCUCAUGCCUUUCCUAUCCGCCUUUUCUGAGCCCUUUACCUCUGCUGGAAUCUACUUGUCGCUUUUGAUGCAGAGCUUUUGCGGUCUCAUCGUGGCUCCCGUCUGCUUGAUUCUUAUCAAGGACGCCACACCUUCUCCAGCAGUACUUGGACGGGUCAACGGACUCGCCAUGUCUGGCGCUUGCCUGGCACGUACCAUUGCUCCUCCCCUUGCUGGAGUUUUCUACGCCCUUGCAGGAUCAGUUACUGCCUGGGUCAGUUGUGCCGUUGUUGCCAUCAUUGGAGCGAUCCAGCUCCUCUGGAUUCCACGAAGAACACUCAAGAGGGACGAUAUUGUGGUGGAUAAUGCCCUUACCACAACAGUCACCAACGAGUCUCAUCGUGGUCGUCGGGGCAGAAACUCGCUGUCAUAG